AUGAUUUACCAGAAAUCCCUGUCCCCUCUCAGAAUCCCUGUCCCAUCCCUGUCCCAUUUCAGAAUCCCUGUCCCAUUUCAGAAUCCCUGUCCCCUGCCCCCUGUCCCAUUUCAGAAUCCCUGUCCCCUGUCUCCUGCCCCCUGUCCCAUUUCAGAAUCCCUGUCCCCUGUCCCCUCUCAGAAUCCCUGUCCCAUCUCAGAAUCCCUGUCCCCUCUCAGAAUCCCUGUCCCCUCUCAGAAUCCCUGUCCCCUCUCAGAAUCCCUGUCCCCUCUCAGAAUCCCUGUCCCCUCUCAGAAUCCCUGUCCCCUCUCAAAAUCCCUGUCCCCUCUCAGAAUCCCUGUCCCGUCUCAGAAUCCCUGUCCCAUCUCAGAAUCCCUGUCCCCUGUCCCCUCUCAGAAACCCUGUCCCCUCUCAGAAACCCUGUCCCGUCUCAGAAUCCCUGUCCCCUCUCAGAGUCUCUGUCCCCUCUCAGAAACCCUGUCCCCUGUCCCCUCUCAGAAACCCUGUCCCCUGUCCCCUCUCAGAAACCCUGUCCCCUCUCAGAAACCCUGUCCCGUCUCAGAAUCCCUGUCCCCUCUCAGAGUCCCUGUCCCCUCUCAGAAACCCUGUCCCCUGUCCCCUCUCAGAAACCCUGUCCCCUGUCCCCUCUCAGAAACCCUGUCCCCUCUCAGAAACCCUGUCCCGUCUCAGAAACCCUGUCCCCUGUCCCCUCUCAGAAACCCUGUCCCGUCUCAGAAUCCCUGUCCCCUCUCAGAGUCCCUGUCCCCUCUCAGAAACCCUGUCCCCUGUCCCCUCUCAGAAACCCUGUCCCCUGUCCCCUCUCAGAAACCCUGUCCCCUGUCCCCUCUCAGAAACCUUGUCCCCUGUCCCCUCUCAGAAACCCUGUCCCCUCUCAGAAACCCUGUCCCGUCUCAGAAUCCCUGUCCCCUCUCAGAGUCCCUGUCCCCUCUCAGAAACCCUGUCCCCUGUCCCCUCUCAGAAACCCUGUCCCCUAUGAGAAUCCCUGUCCUGUCUCAGAAUCCCUGUCCCCUCUCAGAAUCCCUGUCCCAUCUCAGAAUCCCUGUCCCAUCUCAGAAUCCCUGUCCCCUCUCAGAAACCCUGUCCCAUUGAGUGAAUGCCCCAUUCGACAUUCCCUGAUCCCAGAAUUUCAAGGCUAUGUCCCAAAAUGGCAGCCUAUUCCCUAUAUAGUUAACUACUACUGACCAGAGCCAAGGGAAAAGGGUGCCAUUAAGGGUGCCAUUAAGGGUGCCAUUAAUGGUGCCAUUAAGGGUGCCAUUAAGGGUGCCAUUAAGGGUGCCAUUAAGGGUGCCAUUAAGGGUGCCAUAAAGGGUGCCAUUAAGGGUGCCAUUAAGGGUGCCAUUAAGGGUGCCAUAAACGGUGCCAUUUGGGACACAAGCCAAGGCACUACUUCUCAUCCCAGGGUCAGGUCAUUCCGAAACCAGUUUUUAAACUCUCUAUGCCAAACUAAGAAGAAAAAACAACUUUAUUUUUUAAAACCAAAGCAAUUUUUAUUGUUACUAUCAGGAGUGCUAGUUAUACAAUAUCUACGUAUUGAUAAGUAGCAGAGUCUAUGAGUUAGAUGGAAUACAAUAUCUACGUACUGAUAAGUAGCUGAGUCUAUGAGUUAGAAGGAAUACAAUAUCUACGUACUGAUAUGUAGCAGAGUCUAUGAGUUAGAUGGAAUACAAUAUCUACGUACUGAUAUGUAGCAGAGUCUAUGAGUUAGAAGGAAUACAAUAUUUACAUACUGAUAAGUAGCAGAGUCUUUGAGUUAGAAGGAAUACAAUAUCUACAUACUGAUAAGUAGCAGAGGCUAUGAGUUAGAUGGAAUACAAUAUCUACGUACUGAUAUGUAGCAGAGUCUAUGAGUUACAAGGAAUGUAAACAUUGUGUUUUAGCUCUUCUAAACACACACAGGCUGGACAUGAGAAAGAAAGGCCACGUUAUUAAACACAAAUCGACAGGAUGUUUACAUAAUCACUAUUAUUACGUGAGAUAGCAGCGCUAAUCUUCUCAUUUCCACAAGUCAGAGGUAAUAAGUAUAUAGAUGUUAGAUAGAUAAAAUAUAGAGAUGUGUGUUCAUGUGUGUGUUGGCUGCAUCCUACACGUUUGCUUGCUACCCUUAUUGAGACAUUUGAAAGUUUUGUUUUGUUUUGUUUUUUUGCUUGCCUUUAAGACUCUAAUCAGAUAUAUAGAUGCUACUUUAUUUAUUCAGCUAAUCAGUCACUGUCUAAAGAACAUGAAGAACGUAACACUCGAGUUUUAGGAGAUGGAGGGACAUCGUUUCCAUACAGAACAAACAAAUUCCAAACCUACCAGCAAUCUCUCGUAAAACAAGCGGCAUUGUGGGACACAGGAGGACCAACUGACAAACUGACAGGAAUCAUUCUCCUCCUUCCUCAAGAGCGUUGAACUCAAAGGCUUCUGGGUAGUCUGGGCUAUAGUCGUCGGUCAUUGUAGACCCUGUUAGUGCGAACCACACUGGACUUCAUAUCCCAGAGGCGAUACUGUUUGCUUCAGCCCCACAACAUGUCUACUGUACAGACCAGCACCUUUUGGAUCAACUUCCUCUUGAUUUCCUGUUUAAGUUUCACUUCCUGUUUCUGACCGUAAUUAGGAAGUGGGAAGCAUUGGUAAGAUAGAAGUCUUUCUGAUGUUUGUGGUAGGAUCUCCCUCCCAGGACACACCCACGCAUGGAUGUCCCCCAAAAACACAUAGGCCGGUGUCUGAUUAAUGGGUAGUGACUGGCACCUGGGUCAACAUUACACUUUAGCCCCUGAGGUUAUGUGGUCACGUCACUGUUCUCUCAGCAAUGUAAACCCCAGCAGCACAGAUAUAUAUUGUAUUAUCAAGUACCUUCAACAACCAGUAGAUGGCGUCUGUUUAGUUCCUGUUCAACCAGCAGAUGACAUCUGUUUAGUUCCUGUUCAACCAGUAGAUGACAUCUGUUUAGUUCCUGUUCAACCAGUAGAUUACAUCUGUUUAGUUCCUGUUCAACCAGUAGAUUACAUCUGUUUAGUUCCUGUUCAACCAGUAGAUGACAUCUGUUUAGUUCCUGUUCAACCAGUAGAUGACAUCUGUUUAGUUCCUGUUCAACCAGUAGAUGACAUCUGUUUAGUUCCUGUUCAACCAGUAGAUUACAUCUGUUUAGUUCCUGUUCAACCAGUAGAUGACAUCUGUUUAGUUCCUGUUCAACCAGUACAUGACAUCUGUUUAGUUCCUACACAAGCUCAAACUCAAGGUGUAUUGUGAUCUCAUUUGCUGAUAUGGACAUUUCUCCUGGUCAACAGUUUCGCGUAUCAUCAUGGGAUCUGGACACACCGAUCUCUUAUACCUCUUCUUAAAUCAACCUCUCUCUAAAUUCUUAUUGAUUGCUGCUACACGCACACAAUAAUGUGAUUAUUGUGAAUAAGUCAGAUUAAUAUAAUAGUUUGUUUAAAUAAUAUAAUAAUAAUAAUAUAUGCCAUUUAGCGGACGCUUUUAUCCAAAGCGACUUACAGUCAUGUGUGCAUACAUUCUACGUAUGGGUGGUCCCGGGAAUCGAACCCACUACCCUGGCGUUACAAGCACCAUGCUCUACCAACUGAGGUACAGAAUGUUUACAUGCUUUGUAAGAAGAACAAUUUGAUAAAAACAGGAACAUUUCCAAUCCAAAUAAUCGUUCUACCAGAGCAACCGGGUUAUUUUUGCAAAAACCUAUUUGAUUCUGAGCGUUUGUAUGUCAAAACCAGUUCUAAGAUGAUACAUAAAAUGUCCGUUUUUUUUUCUGUGUUCACUCAUACGUAAAAGGAGCAGGUAGCCUAGGGGAUAGAGGCAGGUAGUCUAGUGGUUAGAGCAGGUAGCCUAGUGGUUAGAGGCAGGUAGUCUAGUGGUUAGAGCAGGUAGGCUAGUGGUUAGAGGCAGGUAGCCUAGUGGUUAGAGGCAGGUAGUCUAGUGGUUAGAGCAGGUAGCCUAGUGGUUAGAGGCAGGUAGCCUAGUGGUUAGAGGCAGGUAGUCUAGUGGUUAGAGCAGGUAGUCUAGUGGUUAGAGGCAGGUAGCCUAGUGGUUAGAGGCAGGUAGCCUAGGGGAUAGAGGCAGGUAGUCUAGUGGUUAGAGCAGGUAGUCUAGUGGUUAGAGCAGGUAGUCUAGUGGUUAGAGCAGGUAGUCUAGUGGUUAGAGCAGGUAGCCUAGUGGUUAGAGGCAGGUAGCCUAGUGGUUAGAGCAGGUAGCCUAGUGGUUAGAGGCAGGUAGUCUAGUGGUUAGAGCAGGUAGGCUAGUGGUUAGAGGCAGGUAGUCUAGUGGUUAGAGCAGGUAGCCUAGGGGUUAGAGGCAGGUAGUCUAGUGGUUAGAGCAGGUAGCCUAGUGGUUAGAGGCAGGUAGCCUAGUGGUUAGAGGCAGGUAGUCUAGUGGUUAGAGCAGGUAGCCUAGUGGUUAGAGGCAGGUAGCCUAGUGGUUAGAGCAGGUUGCCUAGGGGAUAGAGGCAGGUAGUCUAGUGGUUAGACCAGAUAGCCUAGUGGUUAGAGGCAGGUAGCCUAGUGGUUAGAGGCAGGUAGUCUAGUGGUUAGAGCAAGUAGUCUAGUGGUUAGAGCAGGUAGCCUAGUGGUUAGAGGCAGGUAGCCUAGUGGUUAGAGGCAGGUAGCCUAGUGGUUAGAGCGGGUAGCCUAGGGGUUAGAGCAGGUAGUCUAGUGGUUAGAGCAGGUAUUCUAGUGGUUAGAGCAGGUAGCCUAGUGGUUAGAGCAGGUAGCCUAGUGGUUAGAGCAGGUAGCCUAGUGGUUAGAGCAGGUAGUCUAGUGGUUAGAGGCAGGUAGUCUAGUGGUUAGAGGCAGGUAGCCUAGUGGUUAGAGGCAGGAAGUCUAGUGGUUAGAGCAGGUAGCCUAGUGGUUAGAGCAGGUAGCCUAGUGGUUAGACCGUUGGGCCAGUAACUGAAAGGUUGCUGGAUUGAAUCCCCGAGCUGACGAGGUAAAAAAUAAUGUCGCCCCCUGAACAAGGCAGUUAACCCACUGUUCCUAGGCUGUCAUUGAAAAUAAGAAUUUCUUCUUAACUGACUUGCCUAGUUAAAUAAAACAAAAAAUUAAAUAUCACAUUAUUUGUGUGCAUGUAAAUGUACUCAAUGUUUCUAAUGUCCUAUGCUAGUUGACCAAACUUCCAUCGUGAAAAAUAUUUCAACGAAUGUUGUUAUCGCUGUUGAUUGACUGAAUUUCAGUUCAGAGUUAAAUUUAUCACAUGCUUUCAUGGCGCCAUUGCAUACGCAACAAAUAAUGAAUUCUUUACGUAGUAGCUUUUAUUUUGUGACCAGGAGGAAUAUCAUUGAGACCAAACAUGCCCAUUUAAGAUGAAGGCUGGCAUACCGUAAACAAUCUUUAGUGGUUCUGUAGAUACCGGCCAUUGGAACCUGUUGUGGAGAGAGAUUCUGGAGACACUGGCCAUUGGAACCUGCUGUUGAGAGAGAUUCUGUAGACACUGGCCAUUAGAACCUGCUGUUGAGAGAUAUUCUGUAGACUCUGGCCAUUGGAACCUGCUGUUGAGAGAGAUUCUGUAGACUCUGGCCAUUGGAACCUGCUGUUGAGAGAGAUUCUGGAGACACUGGCCAUUGGAACCUGCUGUUGAGAGAGAUUCUGUAGACUCUGGCCAUUGGAACCUGCUGUUGAGAGAGAUUCUGGAGACACUGGCCAUUGGAACCUGCUGUUGAGAGAGAUUCUGUAGAUACUGGCCAUUGGAACCUGCUGUGGAGAGAGAUUCUGGAGACACUGGCCAUUGGAACCUGCUGUGGAGAGAGAUUCUGUAGAUACUGGCCAUUGGAACCUGCUGUGGAGAGAGAUUCUGUAGACACUGGCCAUUGGAACCUGCUGUUGAGAGAGAUUCUGGAAACACUGGCCAUUGGAACCUGCUGUUGAGAGAGAUUCUGUAGAUACUGGCCAUUGGAACCUGCUGUUGAGAGAGAUUCUGUAGAUACUGGCCAUUGGAACCUGCUGUUGAGAGAGAUUCUGUAGACACUGGCCAUUGGAACCUGCUGUUGAGAGAGAUUCUGUAGACACUGGCCAUUGGAACCUGCUGUUGAGAGAGAUUCUGUAGACACUGGCCAUUGGAACCUGCUGUUGAGAGAGAUUCUGUAGACACUGGCCAUUGGAACCUGCUGUUGAGAGAGAUUCUGUAGAUACUGGCCAUUGGAACCUGCUGUUGAGAGAGAUUCUGGAGACACUGGCCAUUGGAACCUGCUGUUGAGAGAGAUUCUGUAGAUACUGGCCAUUGGAACUUGCUGUUGAGAGAGAUUCUGCAGACAC